GCCGAACGACGAAAAACAACGGAUUUAACAUUCACACCGAGUAGCACUCCGAUUGGGUCUCAACACGCUAGUCACCAACCUAGAGUAGGUCUGGCCGAUUCAAAGGGCAAAGAAGUGGGAGCGCGGACUCGUUCCUUGCCGCACUUAGGUGCUGGAGGAGCCUCUUCGCAUUUGGCGAGCUCCCUUCCAGAAACCGAUGUACGUUGUGCGAAACGAGAGGAUUCGAGAACGCGCAGGGAGGCCACGAAGGCUGCGGCGUUAGGGGCGACCACAGCAGGGAUAAACGUGACAGUUACGGCCACUAAGCAUUAUUGUGAUUCAGUCUGACUACUAGAAAUAAGUGCUUCUGUAAUGCUUCAACAUCUUGGCUAGAAGCGGAAAUGAUAUGAUCAUCCAGGGAAAAGUAAAAAGGUAACUGAACUACAGGACAUGGUUACGGGCUUCUGGAUGAGUCGACUGGAUCCUUAGCUCUAACACGCAUUUCAGAAUGGAGACUCCCAUGGUGCAACACGUGAUGUCGGAACGGAAGCGGGAGACAUCAAAACAGACAAGUGCGUGUCCAGAAGAUGGUGGCGUGCGAGUAGAUGGAGGAUGCGGCGCAGGCAGAGGAAGAGAACGAGCAGGCCCUGCAGUACCGUCGUUGUCCUUCCCGGUGGCGCAGGAGCCGCAGCAGCGCGACGUGGCGGAUGGAAUAGUUUCUGGGCGAGAGGGAGCGUCAGAAGCUAACUUCCUGUUCAGAGCAGCAGCAGUGCAGGCCCGGACGAGAAGGGCGGAGGAAAAAGAGGAGAAGAAGAGAGCGGAGGGAAAAGAGGCUCAGGCUAAGCUCCAGCGAAGUGCUGUGAUGCAGGCGGCGACAGAUACUUGUUACCAAUGGUCUGGCUCAGGGCUACACGCGGAACAGUCUGCACUUCGGGCAGCGAUGGCAGCUGCCUCGAUGAACAAAAACGUCGAGAGUGAAAAGGAUGGCUCAGCAGCAUCUCUGGCGCAGUCGUCCACAGCGCCCUGCUCAUGCUCAGAGGUGCAAAAUGCUGAGGAGUUUUCGAAUCUAUACGCUGAGCAAUUGGCCUUUCGAGCGGCUUUAGCAGGCUCGAAGUUGUGUGUGAAGAAAAAGGGAGAAAGAGGCGAUCAUAGUUCGGCAUCCACGACGACUCCGCCAGAGGCGCAGCAAGCCCUGCAUGCUACAGGCGACGAGGGCGUCAAUGCUCGUUCUACUGAGCAAUGGUCUGGGCUACACACGGAGCAGUUAGCGUUUAGGCGAGCGAUGGCUGCCUCGUUGUUUGCAACAAAUAGGACAAAGGAGGGCAAUCACGACAACGACGACGGAAAAGAGAGUUCAGUAUGUUCUGGCGUUGCGCGCCAGCUGUCGACUCCGGAGGGGGCCGCGCAGCAAGAAGAGCGACCAGCAGCAAGACAAGUUGUGGAGAAGAAAAGUAAUCGGCCUGGGAGCGGAUCUGCGCGCAAGGGACAGCGUGCUCGCACAAGCGAGGAUCGGCCGAAGGAUGCUACUUCCCGCCCAGUAACGCCAGAAGGUGUACGACAUGUUUCCAGUGGUGGCACUCUCGCGUCUACCGAUGCGUCGGUCGGACAUAGCCGCACCGUUCCGGGCGGGACUAGCUGGGAUACAACUCCGAGCUCGGACGAGGCUGUACUGGCCUCGGGAAUGCAUGUUCUGUCGCCUCCAUUAGACACGUGCGCCGAGUCGGCCUCUGCACUAGAGGUCACGUUUUCAUCGCUGCCCGAAAGUGGCGCAGUGAUCCAGGAGUCGCGAUCUGCAGCCAAAAGAGUAGUGUCUAGCGUGGCGUAUGAUGAAGCCGCGAUGGCGCUGUCAGUCUCGCCGGCUACUGCGGAAUGCCCCAGAGAAGAAGUGGGCGAGGCUUCUUAUUAUUUGCAGUCGUCCGGCUCCGGAACCGACGAAGACGCGGACUCACAGGCAAGGGAAAAGCCG